GUUUGGCAGAGGGACGUAUUAUUGGGUAAAGAAAUAAACGCUUAUUCAAAAAGUAUUGAGAAAAUUCGUUUAAAGAACAUUUUCUUUAUUUUCCGUUAUCAGUCUUUAUUUCACCAAUCAAAAUUGUUUGUCUCCGUUGGAGAAUUGUUGCUUUUAGCUUUUUGUUUUGUGUGAAUUUCGCCCCCCCGUUUGUGCGUGUGUGGCUCCGACCAGUUAACGUUAGCCAUAACGAACUGUUAGCAGACGGGUUAGCUUUUAAAGCGCUCUUCCUGAUUGAUAGAAAGAUGAUGGGGGGAAUUAAACAAGAGCAGAGUGAUGCAUCCCAUCAGCCCAAAGCUUCACACCCAGUGGACCAACAAGAGGAGCCAAAGAAGCGAGGUUGGCCAAAAGGAAAGAAAAGAAAGAAGGUUCUCCCUAAUGGUCCGAAGGCUCCAGUAACAGGAUACGUUCGCUUCCUGAAUGAACGACGAGAAGUUAUGAGAGCCCGAUACCCGGAUUUACCUUUUCCAGAAAUCACAAAGAGACUCGGAGCCGAGUGGACACGAUUAGCCCAAAACGACAAACAGCGCUAUCUUGAUGAGGCGGAGCGAGAGAAGGUGCAAUAUGCCCAAGAACUAAAGGAGUAUCAACAGACUGAGGCGUACCACAUCACCAGUGCCAAGAUACAUGACAAGAAGAUUAAAAAGGAAGACAGUCUGCCGGUUGUUGUCAGUACAAGUUCAGGAUUGUCUUUAAUGAAGGCUCCUGAGCUCUCAACCAGAUUUGACAUUCCUAUUUUCACCGAAGAGUUCCUCGAUCAGAAUAAAGCUCGAGAGGCCGAGUUGCGCCGACUUCGGAAGGCAAACAUUGAGUUUGAAGAGCAGAACGCUAUGCUGCAGCGCCACAUCAAUGACAUGAACAGCGCUAAAGAACGUCUGGAGGCUGAAUUGGGGCAGGAUGAAAAGCGUACCCAGGCUCUUCACUCACACCUGCUGGCCAUUAAACACACGCUGGUCAGCAGCCUGUCCACAGUCCCUCUGCCAGGUACAGGGGAGACAGCAUCUCUUGGUAAUCUUGACUCAUACCUGAGUCGACUCAGUGGGGUCCUGGAGGGAAAUCCUCAGAAACACCGCGCUCUCCUCAGCCAACUUCAUGAGGUCUUUUCUCAUCUGGACAGGAAGACUUUUAUGUCUAACCAACUUAAGUCAGAACAUUAAAAAAGCAAAAACAUUUGCUAGAAUUUUAAAUAUUGUAUCUUUAAUAAGCAGAUUAAUUUCUUAGUCUUUUAUGUUUUGCAUUGUAGUAAUUUCAUUUUAUAUAUGUAAAAAAAAAAACAACAACAAUAAAAACGACAUACAAAUGGCUGUUAGGUGGUUUCCAUCAAACUCCUGUUUAAUAUUUGAGAAUCCAAACCUUCUAUAGUUGGGUUUCCUGGCAUGUAGUUUGAAAACAGAACAGAAAGAAAUUCAUUCCUACAUCACUUUUUAUGCCUCAGAUACUAUCUCUAGUUUUCUGUCACAUUUUCAUCUCUGUUCCUUGUCAGCGAGAAAUUAUGAGGAGUGUCGGAUGGCCAUGCAGCUGUGCCUCAUCUGGACAAACGACUGUUCGAAUCAACAGAAAAUUUGGGUGUGAUCACAUCUGCAAAGGAACUUGUUCAAAUUCUUAUGAAAAACACAUAUGGUCCAUGUCAACUUGUCUGUUGUUUAUAGAUACAUGUAUUCUGUAUGACAUGUGCUUCUGAACAUGUUUAAUCUGAAUGUGAAUCAGAGGAAGCAUGUAGGUAUUUUGACCAAGUCUAUUCUUUUUUUGUACCACACUAA